AUGGUAAGGAAGAAAGCUGAGCAUCAUGAGCGCUUGCUCGCUCCACUUGAAGAGAUAGCUUUGCAUCAGGAGAACAUAGAGAAGAUUGAGUACUUACAGGACUGGUGUCCUAAAUUAAAAAUUUUACUUAUGCAAAGUAACCUAAUAGCCAAAAUAGAGAAUUUAAAUAAAUUAAAACACCUUGUUUACCUAAAUUUAGCUUUAAAUAACAUUGAAAUAAUCGAAAAUUUAGAAAGAUGUGAAUCGUUACAGAAAUUAGACCUUACUCUUAAUUUUAUUGGUGAAAUAGUAAGUGUGGAGAACCUCGUUAACCUCUACAACUUAGAAAAUUUAUACUUAUCUGGAAAUCCUUGCACGGAUUAUGAAAAUUAUAGAGAAUUUGUUAUCGGGACUUUGCCACAACUGACUUAUCUUGAUGGUCUAGAAGUUGAGAGAUCUGAUCGAAUUAAAGCACUUCAAAAUCUUCCUAUAAUAAGGUCAGAUAUACUAUUUGAACAAGAAAACUAUAGGGGUAAAAGAAUAAAGCAGAAAAAUCGUCUAGAAAGGGAGAUUCGUGAAAAAUGGGAAAAUGAAUACAAAGACAUGGAUCCUGAAGAACGAAACAAAAAAUUUUGGAAAGAAAAGUGUGAACAUUCUCCUGAAGUGCGUUAUGAAAUGGAAAAAAUGCGAAAUCUGAAACUUAAAAGUUUGGACACUGGAGAGAAAAAACAGGAGAAACGUGUUUAUAAAUUCUUUACCGAGGAAGGCCGGCCAUAUAAUAUAAAUCAACCUCAACUAGACUUCUUAUUUAGUUCUGAUGAUCCGGAAUUCUACAUGUUAGAUCUAGCAGUAUACAAGCACUUGGAUACAAGCCUUAUAGAUGUAGAUGUGCAGCCAAACUACGUGAGGGUCAUUAUCAGAGGUAAGAUAUUUCAGAUCCAUCUACCGGAGGAAGUCGAUACUACUAACUCCAUUGCACAACGCUCUCAAAUCACAGGCCAUCUAGUGAUAAAGAUGCCAAAAUCUAAAGUUGUUUUAAAAACAUCAAAAAAAAAUACAGCGCAGUACACUACAAAAGAAGCCAUGUUAUAUACGGAACACAAAAUAGAAGAAUGUGACGCACGCACCGGACAGACUAAAAGGGAAUAUCUAGAAAUAGGGCCCUCCGAUAAUGUGUUAGAUUUUACUAAAUUGACUUUAGCUAAUGAUAAUAUGUCAAAGCCUGAUUACAUUGACCCAAGGCUAAAAUUACAGGCGAAAUUACCUUCACCGGACUUCGUGGACAACCCAGAGGUGCCUGAUCUAAUUUAA